UUGUCAUACUGUUCGCCAUCUCCCAGUCCGGGAGAUCUUUGCUUGACUGGUAUACUCCCUCUCCCUACCUGCCUCCCUCCGUCCCGCGGUUUCUUGUUUGUCAAUUAAUUCGAUCGGCACCGGCUGCACCAGUUGAGCGAAUCCGACACCCGCUAUAGCUACGGCAGCUCCGGCCGCCAUCAUUUUAUUGUCAUUCUACUUAUCUGUUCCGGUUAGCCUCUUUCUCUCCUUAGAACUUCUCGUGUCGCCCUUCAUCUGAUUGGCCCUUCCUAUCAAUUGCCUCCGAUGUUAUAAUCAUGGCAUCUCCCUCUCUGCUUUCAGUUCCAGUAAACCUUCAAUAUUUCAGUUUCGUUGUUCAGGAAAACGCCUGAAAGUGAUGAAAUCGGGGAUUCUUUAUUGUAUUCGAGACAUAACGAAUACUUCGUGUGAGAAUUCGGCCAUGCAUUAAAAGCCAAAAGAUUAUGAGCCCAACCUCUCUCCACGUAGUCCUUACAGCUAACUUCGAUGACUUAGAUGGACAAGAUCUGAGUAAUAUCUUUUACAUCAAAUAAGUUAACGAUAAUGUCGUAACGAGAUAUUGGCGAUGUUAGCUGUAUCAUACGAUUCAUGCCUGCGUGAUUUCUGACGUGUGUCUUAUUUUGUUAGUGGGCAUGGAUGGUGACCAAGGACCGAGUUCGUUGCAUUAGUUCCUGAGUUUCGGAAAAUAGUUGGGUUGUUUCAAAAUAUUUUAGAUUAUAGAUUUGCUGGACAUACUUUAAAAGUUUAUGCUCUAUGGCGAAAGGGAUCUUGGUGAAAUAGGCAUGCUUAGGUCGAUGCGAGUUCGAAUUGCAGUUUGCUAUCAUCAUGUAGGUUUGCUUCAGUUGAUAAGUCUGCAAUUGCAAACGGACGUUAAUAACUGUGAAGGAUGGUGAAAUUGACUAUGAUUGCUCGUGUAAUUGAUGGUCUUCCUCUAGUGGAGGGACUAGAUGACAGUCGUGAUAUCAAAGAUGCUGAAUUUUACAAACAGCAGGUUAAGGCUUUGUUUAAAAAUCUCUCCCGAAGACAGAAUGAACCAUCCAGGAUGUCAGUCGAAACAGGCCCAUAUAUUUUCCAUUAUCUUGUUGAAGGACGUGUCUGUUAUUUGACAAUGUGUGACCGUGCUUACCCUAAGAAACUGGCUUUCCAAUAUCUUGAAGAGCUCAGCAAUGAGUUUGAGCGAGUUAAUGGGUCUCAAAUUGAAACAGCCGCCAGACCUUACGCCUUUAUUAAGUUUGAUACAUUUAUACAGAAAACAAAGAAGCUGUACCAGGAUACCCAUACUCAGCGCAAUAUUGCAAAGUUGAAUGAUGAACUCUAUGAAGUCCAUCAGAUAAUGACUCGAAAUGUGCAGGAAGUUCUUGGUGUUGGUGAACAGUUGGACCAGGUCAGCCAAAUGUCCAGUCGCCUAACAUCAGAAUCUCGCAUAUAUGCUGACAAGGCUAAAGAUUUAAAUAGACAGGCUCUGAUCCGAAAGUGGGCCCCUGUCGCUAUCGUUUUUGGAGUUGUGUUCGUACUUUUCUGGGUCAAAACUAAGCUCUGGUGAUCCAGCACAGAUAGCACACGACAUUUAGUUUUUGGCCCAUGAUUUCCCAGGGUUGGAAACCCUAUAUGCGAUUUGUGAUUUCCACGCUUCGUGUCAGUUUCGAUGUAGAAAAAGAUGAUCCUGUUACAAGAACAACUCAGUGUGGGCGGAACUACCCAAAUUAAUUUCUCGACCUCAGCGUUUGCAAGUCAACGUGCAAUAUCCUCAUUUGCUGAAUUAGGCUCGACUUGUAGGUUCAAUGAACGUAGAAAACUAGUGGCUUGCAAAUUUUCAAGCACAGAAUUCAUAAGUAACCAGUUUUAGACUUGAAAUUCACGUGGCUUCUGUCUGAUUGUAAUCUUCAUAUAUGAAGGCCGGAUAUCCUAUGUAUUUUUAAGUGUACAUGUUAUUGAUAAUCUAUAUCCAUUAAUGAA